CUCAGCUGCGCGGUGCAUUGUGGGGUUUUAUGUAAAGCACCAUGGCGGCUGCCUGCGCCCGGAGUCUCGGUAAGGUCGGCUUGACUCUGCUGGACUCUCCGGGGACCCGCCGGUCCGCUGCGGUCUCCUACCUGCGGUACCGGAGAGCGUACGGUACCGCGGGUUCGGGCCACCAGCUGCCCCUGCUGCUCCGCUCCGCGCCGCACGGUGGAGGAGGGGGACGCAGGGUGCUGGGCUGCGCCUUCCUGCUCGGUGGAGGUCUGGGGUUAUAUCACACCGUGAGGCUGUCCCUGCAGCAGCACCUGGCCGAGGACGACCUGAAGGUCUCGUCGGGACCUCUGAAGCUCACCCUGUACCAGUACAAGACCUGCCCCUUCUGCAGCAAGGUGCGGGCCUUCCUGGACUACCACGGCCUGCCCUACGAGGUGGUGGAGGUCAACCCGGUGAUGAGGCAGGAGAUCAAGUGGUCGGCCUACAGGAAAGUUCCCAUCCUGAUGGUGGACGGAGACGUGCAACUCAACGACUCGUCCGUCAUCAUCAGCUCCCUCAAGACCUAUUUGAUCACCAAGGACAAGAGCGUCCCCGACAUCCUGCGCUGCUACCCGGAGAUGAAGGCCGUGAACGACCGCGGCAAGGAGGUGACCGAGUACACCAACAAGUACUGGCUGAUGCUGAGCGAGGCGGAGACCGCCAUGAUGUACCCCGAGAAGGGGAUGCAGAAAGAGGAGAUGAAGUGGCGGCAGUGGGCCGACGACUGGCUCGUGCACCUCAUCUCUCCCAACGUGUACCGGACCACCGGCGAGUCCCUGGCCUCCUUCGACUACAUCGUGCGCGAGGGGAAGUUCGGCGCGUUCGAGGGCUUCUUCGCCAAGUACGUGGGCGCCGCCGCCAUGUUCGUCAUCUCCAAGCGGCUGAAGAGUCGGCACGGCCUGCAGGACGACGUCCGGCAGGACCUCUACAAGGCCGUCAACGACUGGGUGGCGGCCAUCGGCAAGAAGAGGAGGUUCAUGGGAGGAGAGCAGCCCAACCUGGCAGACCUGGCGGUGUUCGGCGUCCUCCGGGUGAUGGAGGGCCUGCAGGCCUUCGACGACAUGAUGGCCAACACCAAAGUGAAGCACUGGUACCGGCGCAUGGAGAAAGCCACGCGCGAGGGCCUGACGGCGGGGAAGCAGUGAGGGGCGGGUCACCCCAAGACCCCUCACGCUCACGGCAACACGGUUCGAUUCCCCCCGGCCGCCCCGGCCCGGCGGGAACUCUUCUCUCUGUACAUUAAAGCUCUUCCUGUUAAAAUGCUUCAAAGGGGCGUGGACCACGGUUGAUUGACACUCGCAGUACCCAGCUGGAGCCUCGGCACGGUGGCGCAGUGGAGCGCUCUCACACUGAGGAAACACCACGACUCAUCCGGCUCCACCAGAAAAGAAUUUAAUGUGAAAAUGACAAAUGAUGUGUCGGCGGCGCGAAGGGAGGACGAGAUGAAAUGUAAAUUAAAAAUGUAUUUAGACUUUCAGGAGACGUGAACGUCUGAGUUUUUCCUGGAAGAGGCCUUCUCCAUCUCCUCACACCUGGAGUGUGUGACGGAGAUGACCUGCAGCUUGGUGCGCACACACACACGCACGCACACACACACGUUAAAAUCCAUCUCCAGGUGUCGUCUGCUCAGUGAUCGAACCUCGGCUCCACACAGUGGAUUCAAAACAGCAACAUCCAGAUCUCUGCUGAUCUGAAUGACUCCCGAAAAAUU